AUGGCUCCGCCAGAUGUCUCCGGAACCGAAUCGCCCUAUCGAAUAUUCAGGGUUAACCCUAAUGAUGAAUUCAUUGGUGAAGAAGAUGAACCAGACCGAGUGUUCAUGACCAUGACUGAUCGAGAUGGUUCCUUUCUCUAUGAACUGGAAGAUUUGCCCCUUCUACAUACAAUCGUCCAGCAAAACGAUGUUGAGGCACUUCAGCAAUACUUCACUAUUGCACCAUAUUUCGCUCCAAAGCUUCCGAAUGGUGAAGAAGAGAUCAUGGAAACAACUGAUUACUUCGGCCUGGCUUUCGAAAGUGGAAGCGUAGAUGUACUUCAAUGGCUUUUAAACAACACCCCAAGGGAUAUCGUUUCCACUCAACCGAUAAGAUUCGAACCACGCGGGUUCCAGCUAUUAAAUGAAGCUGCCAGAUACGGUCGUAUGGAGAUUGUAAAAUUCUUACUCGCCCAUCAGCCACUAUAUGCCAACAUCCAAGAUCGCGAUAGCAAAGGCUACACUGCCAUAUUAUCAGCCGCGGAUGUCUAUUCAGAGAGAUACUGCUUCCAACCAAAAUGGAAUGAGGUCUGCCUUGAGAACAACGAAGCGAUAAUUAAUUUACUGCUGGAUCAAGGUGCUUGUGCUUCUGAUACUUAUGUCGUUCCUUAUAAUAAGGAGACCCUGACCCUAGACAAUGUUCUGACUCUGGUUGUUACGUGGGCAGGCCCUGAAUUGAUCAAGAGACUCAUUAAUUGCGGCGCCGACGUCCAUACCACUAUCACAAAAUGGCCAAUGUAUAAUGGUGCUUCUGCUUCUGGGGUCAAUGCACUAGCUGUUGCGUGUUAUCAUGCAAACAUCAAGGCUGUCGAGACUCUGAUUAAUUGUCGAGGUGCCGUUACUGCCGAGAGUAUGGCGUGCUGUCAAGACAGUCUAAGUCGCCUUCCUCUCCACUGGGUAACUAAGAAUCAAUUACCCCUGGACGAUUUGGAAAAUAUCCCAAAAUCAUUAUUACGAGAAAGAGUACAGAAUAUCACAAGCCUCAUUGAACUCCUUCUCGGCUUAUACCCCGCGGCAAUCAACAUACAGGACCAAGAAGGAUACACAUCUUUACACCACGCCACAGAAUCGUUUGGUCGAAACAGCAAAAUAUACACCCCCAUUUUCGAACUGUUAUGUAAGAGGGGUGGUGAUGCCAGCAUACGCAACAGUAAAGGGCAGACCCCUCUGCAUACCUUGUUCGACACGUGCAUAACGAAUGUACCUAUCGACCCGGCUGCUAUAUCUGUCUUACUCGCCCAUGGAGCGAGGGUUACAGACACUUUUGCUGGUAGUACACUCUUGCAUAUUGCAGCUGGAAACCUAUGGUUUGCCGAUGCCGUAUCGUGCUUGCUUGAUCACGGUGCAGACCCCACAGCAAGAGACUCGUCACAAGCGACGGCUCUCCAUAGGGCUGCUUCUGGUCGGUUGCGGCAAAGUGUGGUUAAAGCUGAGGUAAUAAUAAGAUCGCAAGACGAUAUGCUAGCGAGACUGGUGAAAGCUGGAGGAGAAGAAUUGAUGGACCUACCAGAUGUGCAUGGUGAAACUCCACGGCAAAUAUGCCAAAGGAGAAGAGAGCAAUGGAGAAUUGCUGGGUUGCCUCGUGAGCCAUCUGAGCAACUGCAAUUUGGUUCUGGAAGGGGUCGUUCCGGACGUGGAGGGGCACGGAACGGACGAGGAAGGGGAUCAUAG